CCUGUCCAGGGGCUGGCAGUCCGCUCCGGGUGAGGGCGCCGUCUGGGGACGCCCCUGGCGGGCGGCUCGGCGCUCCCCUCCUAGUCCGUGACCCGCCCCUUGCCGAGAAGCUGCGCGGCUGCGCUGGGUCCCAACUCUGCAGCCUCAGGUGCCUGAGCUCAGCGCGAGCAGCCGGGUCGGGCCAUUCCCUCAGCCGCGUCCUGCUGGGCAGGUGUCUUCCGUCUCCAUCGCUCCUGGCCUGCGGAGCGCUGUCAGCCCCUGCUCCUCGAAUAGAAGCAUCAUUCUGAGACAUCCAGCUACCUUUCUCGGACCUAUACUGAACAAAGAUGAGUGUUCCUUUCAGCACGCUGUAACUAGAGUGUCCAGGUCAGGGCAGACUUGACUAUGGGAGCCAACACUUCAAGCAAAGCACCAGUGUUCGAUGAAAACGAGGAUGUCAACUUUGACCACUUUGAAAUUUUGCGAGCCAUUGGAAAGGGCAGUUUUGGGAAGGUCUGCAUCGUGCAGAAGAACGACACGAAGAAGAUGUACGCCAUGAAGUACAUGAAUAAGCAGAAGUGUGUGGAGCGCAACGAAGUGAGGAACGUCUUCAAGGAGCUCCAGAUCAUGCAGGGCCUGGAGCACCCUUUUCUGGUGAAUCUGUGGUACUCCUUCCAGGAUGAGGAGGACAUGUUCAUGGUGGUGGACCUGCUCCUUGGCGGCGACCUGCGUUAUCACCUGCAGCAGAAUGUUCACUUCCAGGAAGACACGGUGAAACUCUUCAUCUGUGAGCUGGCCAUGGCCCUGGACUACCUGCAGACCCAGCGCAUCAUUCACAGGGAUAUGAAACCUGACAAUAUUUUACUCGAUGAACAUGGGCAUGUUCACAUCACAGACUUCAACAUUGCUGCCAUGCUGCCCAAGGAGGCUCGGAUCACCACUGUAGCUGGCACCAAGCCUUACAUGGCUCCGGAGAUGUUCAGCUCUAGGAAGGAAACAGGCUACUCCUUUGCUGUCGACUGGUGGUCCCUGGGCGUGACGGCGUACGAGCUGCUGAGAGGCCGGAGACCAUAUCACAUCCGCUCCAGUACUUCCAGCAAGGAAAUUGUGAACAUGUUUGAGACUGCAAUUGUAACUUACCCUUCUGCCUGGUCUCCAGAGAUGGUAUCUCUCCUGAAAAAGCUCCUUGAACCUAAUCCAGACCAACGGUUUUCUCACUUGACUGACAUUCAGAAUUUCCCUUACAUGAGCGACAUGAACUGGGAUGCAGUGUUGCAGAAGAGGCUCGUUCCGGGCUUCAUUCCCACUAAAGACAGGCUUAAUUGUGACCCCACUUUUGAGCUUGAAGAAAUGAUUUUGGAGUCCAAACCUCUUCACAAGAAAAAGAAGCGCCUGGCAAAAAGGGAGAAGAUGAGAAAAUGUGACCCCUCUCAGACAUGUCUUCUUCAAGAGCAUCUUGAUGCUGUUCAGAAGGAGUUUAUAAUUUUCAACAGAGAAAAAGUAAAAAGAGACUUUAAUCAAAGACAAGCAAAUCUAGCCUUGGAACAAACCAAAAACAACGAAGAAGAGGAAGAUGGCCAGAAUAACAACCUGUAAGAUGCUUUAGCGUCUUCAGGACAGAUCUUGGCUCCUGGCCGGAAACUUCUGAUUAUCACUCCCAGAAGAGCUGACAGCCGUCCUUGCCACUCCACACCUCAUGGCUUAGGGAAUGUGAAUGAAAAUCCUUCGAAGGUGGCAGCACUCCACAGCGAAGAGAGCCGGGGUUCUGAGCUCCUCAGAUCUGACAUCAGCACUAAUUGACUCUGUCACCCUAAGCAACUAUGUAACUACUUUCUCUGUUUUCCGUUCUCUGCUGGAGAGGUAGAGGGUUAUUUCAGAAGAGCUAGCCUUUGCUCUGUUAAAAAAAAAUGCUACAAUUACUGUUCUAAACAGCCUUUAUUUUUAUUUUUAAAUGAAUAUUUGAAUGUAGGUUUUUUUUUUUCAUUCCUUUUGAUGACACUGAGAAAAAUGAACACUGUAUACAGUGAGCCUCUUCAAGGCUGGAGAGUAUCAUAGCGCGGCCAGAAUUUCAAAGCUCGAUUGGCUAGGAAUAAACAUAUUCCAUCAGGAAUAAAUACAUAGGUCAGAUUAGAAAUAGCAAAGACUCCUAGGGCCUUGGAAUGGAGAACUGCGUCGGCUGGGAAUCUGUUAGCAAGAGCCUAACGGCCGGCGUGGCCUCUCCACUUCUUUUCAGUGAUAGGGCCUCUGUCAGGUGAACUUGGUUCUGAAGAAGGGAGUCACGUGCAGAAGUUUAGCAAAUGCAGAAGUUGGGACGUUUUUUUCCCCCCCAGCAUGGCAGUUGUGAAACAUGGGACUCCAGUUGCCAUUCUGUGGCAUGUCUGCCCCUCAAGGGCUAAUUUUUCUCAAGAUUAGCAGAGGCCUGCUUCUGGAGAGGAUCUGAGCUUGCUGCCACACCGACCGGCAGGGCUUCGUUGAACCACUCAGCGAAGUUGCACCUUACAGGAUAGUUAUCUUGCACGUUAAAUUUGGAAGCUGGUAAACUUUCCCUUGAGAGACUCUGAACUCCACCUAUCAUAAGGAGGAAAAACCCUAGUCAGUGGCUUUUCUAUCAUGAAACAUGUCACUUUUGUUGUUAUUGUUUGCUCCUUUGUUUUUUGUAUUGGUCAAAGUUACAUUUGAUAUUUAAGAAGUUACAAGUUACAUUCAGAGCACCAGGGUGCUCACAGAUCCCUGACACGGAAGCCCCCACAUCCCACUGGCUGGGAGAUGCUGGCAGAAUUUCCUAGCUUCUUACAAUGUUACUGAUGCCCCACUCUUUCCUGUCUUUCUAUUUCACUCAUGUGCAAGGUGUAAUUCGCCUAUAUGUGCAUGUCACCUAACUCCACUGUGCUGAUGCCUGUGAGAGCUUUGAGAAACUUUUUUGAGUUUCUACCCGCUGGUGACACUGGGUAGAAUCGAGAAGUGAGUGGGCUUUACAAAGCACAGUUUUCAGCUUCUGGAAACUGAGGUCAUCUAACGGUAUUCCUUAGGGAGAGUACAGGCGUAACCCUGAUCCCGGCAAGCUGGUCUAAAGGACCUGAUUGAUGUCAUAUGGGGAAGGCAGAUGGGUAGAAAUAGAUGGUAGACACUUUAGCAAGUGAGUUUGUGCAGAAAAAGGAGAGCUGAACUGAAGACAAGCCUUUGUGGUUCUCUGGAAUGUCUACCCUGGCUGCGACAUAGCACCUCUCUUCUAAGAGCAACGAUAUUUUUUUAAAGAAUGAAAAAUCACCUCUUUUUAUUCAACUCCUGUCUCCUGAAGUUCUCACGUGUUGUUUGUGAUAUUUUGGUUAUGUUCAGUCACUGUGUAACUCAAUGCACUUGCCCUUGACUUGCAGAGGGGUGAACAGGUCACACAUAGCAACACAGAGGUGACUGGAUUCUGCUCCAGGCUGGUACUCCCACAAAUGUCACAACCACACGCAUGCCCCAGCUUCCACCUUUUGUCAUACAGCAGCUUUUAGAAAUGCUUUCCAAAGGACAGCAGGGCCAGCGGGGCUCCAUGGGGGUGGGGGGUGGACUGUUUUGUGUGUCUUUAAACAUUAAGGUGUGAGUAGGAACCCAUGUGAUCUCGGAAGAUUGAAUCCCUAGCUUUUUAUUCCCAUUGGGCAUCUUUCAAGUACUGCUAGUUUUCAGAAUGGGGGAAUUGCUGGUUUGAGUGCAGUGUGGGAGCUGGGUACAUUUCUAGUGCCAGCCAGAUGAGUGGCACACAAUGUGUUUCAAGUUAAAAAGACAAACAUUCCCUGGGCUGGGUCUGUGGCCCAGCAGUAGAAUGUGUACUUAGCAUGCACAAGGGCCUGAGUUAGGACCCCAGCACCCCAAGAAAUGAAAGCACUGCAUCUGGCUGCGCAAGAUAACUGCUGCCGAGCACUGCUGGGCAUUCCCAAGGGCUCUUGGCAAUUGCUUCUUGGUUUUAUUCCUAAGUUUCAGCUAAAACUUAGCACUCACCAGACAAAACAUCCCUUGAUUAUUUCUGGGAAGGAUUAGGGCUGAGAACUUUAGAAAACAGUGUGGCUAUCCUUUCUUCUGCUGCUGGCCAAUCUCUCCUAGCAGCUUCCAUCCUCCUGUACCACACAGAGCCUCUGAAGGGCCUGAUGGGGGUCGGAAAACCAGAGUGUCCCAGCUGUGACACCCACUGCUCCCUGCACCGCAGCUGCUAUCACAAGGGCAUUCCCGGAGGGUGGGGCAGCCUACUUAUGGGGUUAACUGUGAUCCUCACUCCCUGGAAGGAAGUGUCCCACUAUCCAAGGCCCAGUGACCCUGCAGCAGCCCUGGCUUGGCUGAGGUCUUUUUUAGGACAGGAAUGAACCCAAAGCAGUACAGAGCAUUGCUAAGUUAAUCACUGUCAUCUAAUUAAUUAGUGGAAAUACAAAGAUGACUGGCUUUCCUAUUGUUACGGCUUUCCCAGUGAAUGGCCAAAUAAGUAACUAGGAAAAGAGUGUUGCUGCACCUGUUGAGACUCUUGUCUCUGUUCCAAGUUGUCAGGGAUGCUGAGCUCUGUCUGGCACUUGGGGCGCUACUGAAUAGGCAAGACAGGGCAAGCACUUUGCUCAGCUCCUCCGUGUUCUCUUGUUCUGUCUACACAAAAUCCAUCUCCUACUUCUGUCCACCUGUGAUUGCUAUUCAGUGUGGGUUCAGUGUGUCAGCCCAAUGUUAAACACGGAGACUCCCCGUUUCACUUUUCUGUGCUGUUCUGAACUGGUGGCUGAUUUAGAAGCCCCAAAUUAAAAAAGACAAAAUGUGCUUCUGUGGAGCCAUGGUGUAUGUGUUGUCAAUGUGCUGCAUGGAUUAAAAGUCUUCUGU